AUGUGGCAAAUGCGGGACAUUCCAUUUCAGCGCUUCGACCAGUUGUACGAAGGUCCGGAGUUUGCGGACGCCCGCUUCGCCGAGCUGGUGCCAUGGGGCAGAGAUCAGACCUUCACCGGGCUGGCGCAUGGCACUCCGAGCCUCGGCGUGCUGGAGCAUCACGAGGGCUUCAUGCAGGCCUGCGCCGUCUGGCGAGAUGCCUGGCGGAUCAGCUUGAAAUUCCAAUUAGAUGGGGUCGCAGAUGGGCCGGGCAUGUGGUCCAGCAUCGUGGAGGGCAAGGAGCAGUGUGGCUACGGUGCUUGGGUGCAGGCCUGGGCAGAUAUUGAACUUCAUGCCCAGCUUUCAUCUAGCCACCAUCUUUGCAACUCCUUGCCCUCUGUGCAGGGCAAGCGGCACGGCUACUUUGCCUUGGUGAAAGAAGGCGCGCCUUGGCUUUGGCGUUCCUCAUAA